CUGUGCAGCAGCGAGUGGAGCAACCUCUACAAAGACGACGACUUCUACGGAGAAGACAAAGCAUGGAGUAAUGGCGAUACUCGGAUGGGGUUUCUUACUUCCCGUAGGGGCAAUCCUGGCGAGAUAUCUUAGACAUAAAGACCCUCUUUGGUACUAUCUACAUAUCGGUUUACAGUUUACGGGGUUUAUCUUCGGUUUAGCCGCUGUUAUUCUUGGGAUUCAGCUUUACAAUAGGAUCCAUCCGAAUAUACCUGCACAUCGAGGCAUUGGGAUCUUUCUUCUAGUCCUUAGCAUUCUUCAGGUUUUGGCUUUCUUUGCACGGCCACAGAAAGAGACGAAGAUGAGGAGAUAUUGGAAUUGGUAUCAUCAUUGGAUUGGGAGAAUCUCUCUCUUUUUUGGAGCAGUGAACAUUGUUCUUGGGAUUCGAAUGGCGAAUAACGGAGGAGAUGGAUGGAAAAUUGGAUAUGGAUUUGUGUUGUCAUUGACGUUACUUGCUUUUGUUGUUCUUGAAAUAUUAAGGAUCCGUGGCUCCAUUGGUUCACCAUCUUCUCACACCCCUCCCUCUUUUGAGGCACAUCCAAGUUCUUCUACUAGUGUCUGAUUCAAGAUCAUCUGUUUUUGUCAUUGAUUUGUUUCUUGUACAUAUAUAAAGGCACUUUCUUUUUGUUUGGAUUUAUUGGCUAAAGUCAUUGAAUUUUAUAGUC